AUGAUAGUUCAAGGAUAUUAUAGACAAUUAAUUCCAGGGGUUAUGAGGAGUGUAGCAAAGGUUGCAUUUUUUUCAUCAAUGACUUCCAUUACCAAAAAAAGGCCAGUAUACUUUGAUUACCAGGCUACAACACCAGUUGAUCCAAGAGUUUUAGAUAAAAUGAUGCCUUUUUUCACAGAAAAAUUUGGGAACUCACAUUCUAGAACUCACGGAUAUGGGUGGGAGGCAGAAGAUGCUGUUGAAAGUGCAAGGACUAACAUAGCGAACCUUAUUAAGUGCCAACCUAAAGAAAUAAUUUUCACUUCUGGGGCAACCGAAUCUAAUAAUACAAUAAUUAGGGGAGUAUGCGAUGUCUAUGGCGAUAUAAAAAGUAAAAAGAACCACAUUAUUACAACUCAAAUUGAGCACAAAUGUGUUCUUUCAACAUUAAGAGAACUUGAACUAAAAGGUUUUAGGGUAACUUAUCUUAAAGUCAAUAAUAAAGGCCUUAUUUCUUUAGAGGAACUAGAAAAGUCUAUAAUUCCUGGUGAAACAAUUCUGGUUUCUAUUAUGCAUGUUAACAAUGAAAUUGGAGUAAUUCAACCUAUGAAUUUAAUAGGUGAGCUAUGUAAAAAGCAUAAUGUCUUGUUCCAUAGUGAUGUGGCUCAAGGACUGGGAAAAAUAAAUAUUGAUGUUGAUAAAUGGAAUGCAGACUUUCUAUCUCUUUCUGCACAUAAGGUGUAUGGCCCAAAAGGAAUAGGAGCAUUUUAUAUUCGCAGCAAACCUAGAAGACGAAUUAAGCCACUUAUUUUUGGUGGUGGCCAAGAACGAGGAAUGAGAUCCGGCACAAUACCAGUACCAUUAGCUGUUGGUUUUGGUGAAGCAUGUAAAAUAGCCUCUUCUGAAAUGAAUUUAGAUUCUAUACAUGUCAAGUCUCUAUAUGAUAAACUUUACAAGGGAAUUACUACUCAACUACCUGACGUAGAACUCAAUGGUUGCAGUAUAAACCGUAUGUUCGGGAAUCUUAACUUAAGUUUUGCUGGAGUCGAAGGAGAGUCACUAAUGAUGAAGCUAUACUCUAUGGCUUUGUCAUCUGGAAGUGCAUGUACAUCUUCAUCAUUGGAGCCUUCAUAUGUUUUAAGAGCUAUUGGAGUCGGGGAAGAUGUCGCGCAUACAUCCAUUCGCUUUGGGUUAGGAAGAUUCACUAGGCAUGAAGAUGUAGAUAAAGCUGUUAAAGAAAUCGUCGAGUCGGUAACACUUUUAAGAAAGAUGUCUCCUCUUUGGGAUAUAGAUACAGGCACAAGAGUUAAAAAUGAAGAGUCACUAAAAUGGACAUAA